GUUCUGCAUCCCUCUGUGUAGGGUCGAUGUCAUGCGACAAGAGUUUCUUUGUCUCCUCCCGUUGACUUUUUUCUUUCUCGCAGUCGACCGAAAGGAAGUCCUCGUACUGACCAAACCCGGGUCGAUUAAUGAGAAGGAGAUUAGUGAUGAGAUUACCAAGAAUACUGGUGUUCCGGAAGUUGUGGCAAAGGUCCAAGAGAUGUGUCAAUCGCAAACCCAUUGUAGACCAGUGGCAGUUGUAGCGUGCAAAGCUCAACGACGAAAUGUUCUGGUGGCCAUGUAUUAGAAUGACUGUAGCAUUAAAUCAUACACGUCACAGAAGCGCGACAAGGAUCAC